AUGUCCCCCACGACUCCACAGUCGGGGAAGCAGCCGUCGCUCGGCGAGGCGCUCGCCCUUCACUCCGUCAGGAAGACGGCCUCUUGUGAACCUCUCGGAAAAGAUGCGCUUGCUUCCUCCGAUGAAGACAGCAACCGCGGCGGCGGAGCCCGGUUUGAGACUUCGAGCGACAUUCUUUCGCCAUUUCCCGUCAGCCGACUGCAGGCAAUGAAGCUUACUUCGGACGAUGAUACUCCACGAUCGAAUAGAUCUUCCAAUUUCAUGGGUUUUGGAUCUACAGAUGAUGGCGACGUAUUCACCGAUGGCUCCAACGAGGACACUCGCCCUGAUCCACGAGGUAUUGUCGCCACAGGCCUCACGGUGUAUAGCGAUAAUAGAAACAAGAUUGAUCCGCAGACGAUGUAUGCCGGUUCGGCUUGCAUGUUCGUUGCAAACCUACCGCAGCAGUUCUCCGACCAUGAGCUCGAAGAAGAGGUUACUAGAGUCUUUGGCCGCUUUGGAACAGUCUUCGUGAAGAUCAAGCGCGACGGCAGACAUAUGCCUUUUGCGUUCUGCCAGUACAGGUUCGAUGAGGAGGCCCAGCGAGCCAUGCGAGAAGGCAAAGGAACAACGGUCCUUGGUCGACCCUGCCGCACAGAGAUGGCACGAGCCCAGUCAUCAUUCAUCGUUUACAAGCAUUCUGGCCAGCGCACUCGCCACAGUGAGGCGAGCGAUCUUCUUCGUCGCCUGGGAGAAAUCUCCAAGGUAGAGCUUCUCGAAGAGGGUCUUCGAUUGGCGGCCGGGCUCCCCCAAGCUGUCGUUGUUACGUACAAAAUGUACGAUGCAAAGCGUGAUCCUCCACGAGUUUUUGCCAAUGAUCCCACCUACUGUGUCAAAGUCUUUGACCCGAAAACGCUGUCCCCCGAAGGACCUGGAUCCGCCUUCCGCCCCCGCGAAAGAAAUUUCUUGCGUCAGUACGACAAAGAUCGUCGAUCUGCCUAUAUGGGGAACUUGCCGCCUACUAUGACCAAGGAUGUUUUGCAGUCUCUGGCGAGCUCCUGCGGUCAAGUGUUGGAAGUGCAGCUUCAUUGCAAGGAUGUGCCAGGCGUGACUGGCCAGAAAACUUGUUUCGCAUUCGUGGAGUUCGCUCGCCCUGACUCCCCAGAUGAGCUCAUUGAAGCCAUGAAUAAAACGUUCAUUGAUGACUACUGCAUCCGAGUCGAGAGAAAGGAGCCCCGAAUGAUUGACACGCCACGCAGAGUCGCGCCUUCGGGCGGCCCAUUCCGCAACAUGCAGACCCUGACCCGUCGCCCUCGAGUCGGCUCGUUUGAGCUCGAGAGGCCGUCUGACCGUCACCCAGGUACCGCGUCGGGGCCCAUGGGUCCGUCUGGCCGACGAACUCACAAUCUUCAGGACGUCGGACCUCCCGAAGUCGUGGCCAAAAAGUCUGUGGAGUUUGACCUCAACCACCGCAUUGUGUCGAGCUCAACCAUUGAUUCCGACGACAGCGCUGCCGAGGCCAAGUCACCUACAAAGACAGUCGCCGCAACGAACGAGUCCGCCACGCCCUCCUCGUCGACCGCUGGAAACGUGACGACAGCGACACCGGCCGAGGCGAUGACGCCCUACCCCAUGAUACCUUGGAUGCCUUAUCAUCCAUGGCCGUAUCCGUACAUGACUGCUCCUCUGAGCCCGCAGCCCAGUCCCCCAGGCAUGUACCCAGGUUACAUGCCUCACACUAUGUACCCCGGCUUCGAUAUGCUUGGACCCAUGAUGUUCUCACCUGGUCCGAUGAUGCCAGCUUUCUCCGGAUUCCCGGGCCCGACUGAUGCCCCUAACAAUCCCUCGACCAACCCUUCGAGCACUCCCUCGAACAACUCGCACCAGGCUGACGAGUCUACCUCCGCAGCCGACGAGAAUAAUUUGGAGUCGCAGAAGACCGAACGCCCUACGCAGUAA